CUGAGAAAGCCACGUCGAGCAAAAAGGAGUGAGUUGCAUCACAUUUUCUGUGAUUUUCCGUUGUAUGGCUGCAAACGAGCGAGCGGUGGCGCUUGUCUGAAUCCUGCGCGGCUGGAAGAUCGUCGAUUGCUUCAAGCUGGCGUUGUACGAAGCAAAAGCAAAAGCAAUCGCAAUCGCAAUCGUAAUCGCAACAGCAACAGCAACAGCAACACGUGUGUGGUUGAUUAUCUUACGGGGCGUUUGUGUUGGCGCGGCUAUUUCCAUCCAUGCGACGCGGCCUCCUCAAUUGCUUGCUCAAUUGCCCUGUCUGUGGCUGCUGCAUCUGCCUCCGAUCUGGUCCGGUCGAGGAAGUUGCCUGAAUGCCAAUCAGGCCUCAGUUGGACCACAGAGACCAGACCACCAACAAGACCACCCACCCGGGAUCUCCCCCCGUUCUUUAUUUCAACGUCCUCCCGCCUCUUCCAUCAAGCAAGCAAGCAAACAAGCAAGCAAUCAAUCAAGCGAUCGUGAACCUGCGCCGCCACCUGUUCUGUUCUGUUCUACUCUCUGAUCGCUGCACCUCAUCAUCCAUCAUGUCAUCGCGACGCAGCCAGCGCUCCGCGGCGGUCAAGGCUGCAGAAGCAAUUACUGAUGCCGCUUCUGAUAGAAUGCCAUCAUCGCGACCGCGGCGCACGGUAUCUGAGAAUGUCUCCAUGGCUACCGUUUCACGUGGUCCUCCGACCACCUCGUCACGGAGCCCCCAGUCAAUGCGUCUUACAGUAAAGACAUCUUCCAGCAAACUCCGAGAGGCAACCCGUGCCAGCUCAUCCAGCAACUCAAUCGCCGUGAAGGAAUCAUUUGUUGGCGGUGAGAUCAUCGAGGGCAAGCGAGCGAGGAAUGUGAGAAAGAGCUAUGUCUUGGAGUCUGAUAGUGACGAGGAGGAAGAUGAGGAGAUGGAGGAUGUGGCGGAUGAUGAUGCGGAGGGUGAGAGCGUUGAGGAAGAGGACGAGGAUAUGGAUGCUGAGGAUGAUGGAUUGGGCGAUGAAGACGCGGAUGGGGAUGUUGAUAUGGAUGUCCCACCGCCGCCGCCUGUCAUCAAAAUCUCCAGGGCCCAGUCUGGACGGCAAACCAUUGCAGUCAAGCCGCCAACUCGGGGUGACCGCAUGGCUGUCCAGCAAAAGGAGAUGCAAGAGGCGAGUGAUGACGAGGAAUUGAGCGAAUUGGAUAGUGAUGUUGGUGAGGAGGUAGAGGAGGAGGAAGGCAUGCAAACCGGCAAUGAAGAAGAUGCUGAGGGCGAGGAAGAGGAGAUUGAGGUUGAGGAGGAAGUUGAUGAAGACGACGAAGACAGUCUGGAUAGCGAUGAUGAGACACCAGCUGGUGGAAGUCGAGCUUCAACACCAGACCUCAACAAACUCACCAAGAGACAACGAGCUCGAUUUGAGGAAGGAGGCAGUGGGCCAAUGUUGGCGCUCCCAGAUGAAGUCCAAGUCAAGAAGCAUUUGACCGCCGAGGAACACGCUAUGCGUCGCGCAGAAAUGGCCCGACGAAGAAAGAACCUUUCCGAGAAGCGAAACGAAGAAGAAAAAAUGGAAACGAUCAACAAGCUCCUCAAAAAGCAAGCCCCCAAAACCAAUGCUCGUCGCCGAGACUUCAACGCCAUACCCGGAGAUGCCACACCCGAUUCCGAGGGCCAGAAACCCAAUCCUCUUUUCGUUCGUUUUGUCAGCAACAAAGAUGGGAACCGCAUUGGUGUGCCGGAGGAGUGGAUCGAGGGGCCUGUUGGAGCUAUCUUCGUUGGUGGCCAGAAGGCUGGGAUGGGGGGAAAGUUGAUUCGGGAGGUUUCUUGAAAGUGUGGUCUUUUGAUAGACAAAAAGUCAUUGUUUCUGGAGUUGUGGUAGAUUGCAAAUUAAGCCUUGAUCUUGGCUGGU